CUCCCCUGGAAACGUCAACGUUCUAUUUCUAUCUACCAUCUCCAUCAUUGAAUUACAUCCACCUACAUCCAUUCUCCCUCUACGCUACGGAGGACUCGACUUCGCUUUCGAUCGUCUUCUUCUCUCGACAAGCUAAGAUUCUCGUCAUGAACAACGGCUAAAGAAUCUCUUUCCCAUUCGUUUCUCCCUCCCCUCCGCCCGCCAUGUUCUCCAUCUCCGUGUCGCCCGUCUCCGUGGGCUCAAACAUCUUCUUCGCCUUCGCCCUCUGCUCCAUUUCGGCUCUAGUGCUGCUGCUCUUGCGUCGCUUCCUGACUAUCCGCGCAACGCCAGCCUAUUUGCUGGUGCCUAUUUUCCUUGCCCUAGCGCUCCCCGCGAGCGUCGUGCUCCUCGUCCCGAUCGAUCUCGCAUCCAGCGCGCGCAAUGGCACCGGUCCCAAGGCAAUCUGGUUACCCGACCGGGUCGUCCUCGUGUGCUGGCGAAUCGCCUACUGGCUUAUCUUCAUGCUGACCUGGUAUGUACAUUCCGAUCCCCCGUUUUCCCCGGUCGCAAUUGGCGCUCGGCUUGCUAACGCCUUCCGCGUCGUCUUCAGGGCCAUCCUUCCUCUGCUCGGCGACUAUGUUGACUCCGGAUACCGCGAACCCAAGGCACGAAUCCUCUAUUCGCUCCGUUCCAAUGCUCGAUACCAGUUGAUCGUGCUCUCCUGCGCUCUAGUCGGACUCAUCUAUAUUUCCAUCUCCAUCGGGUUUGAUCCCACCUCAAUCAAGGGUACCGUCAUGGCCUUGGCCUACGUCUGGGGUCUUGUUCUCGCCAUUUAUUUGAUGGGCCACGGCUUGGUAUCAAUUCCACGCAAUUUAUUCCGCAAUGCGAACGUAAGCGGUCGCCUCAAGCGCAUCCAGGCGCAUGCUCCCAAAGUGCAUGACCGCUUGAUGGAUGCCGUCAACGAACUAGAAAGCCUCAACUCGCAAGUUGCUCAACUCCAGCAGCGCAAGACCGGAACUGCGCGCGACUUUCAGGAAUGGAUCGAAGACCUGUCCGAAGCCUCCGGCUCUGGUUCCGGUGACGUGCGAGUCCCUAUUCUUGAGAGCCCCGAGACAUCUGGCUCCGUUCCCUCGGUCAUUACGGAGCGCUAUCUGGCCGACCUGACGAGACGCUUGCAGCGUGCCCGCCAUAUGAAGGCGCGGUUCGUGGAUGAAUGGGAUCGCGUGGUGACGCUGGCUGCUGACCUCCAAGCCAUCAUCAAUUCAACAGCGUCAAAGAAGCUCGAGUUUGGUACUGGCCCCCGCCGGUCAUCUUGGCUACCGAAAGUCAAGUUUUUGAACCCCUACCUGCGCUACCAACUAUAUUCUAAUAUCAUCCCGACGCUGCGCUUGAUCUUCGGCGCGGUCUUCGCGUUUGCCUCGGUGUGCAUUGUCUGGUCAGAAUUAAUCAAGUCCUUGGCCCCACAAUUCUCUGCCAUUACUUUGACCGUCGUUCCCAACUGGAAGGACGAGAAGCCUCUUGGUUUUGGGAGCCAGGUCAUUGCCUCCCUUUGGUUAUUGUACAUGUGCUCUGCCGCCCUGGUCGGUGUCAGCAACGUCAAGGUUUGGGGCAACAGGGCCUUGGUGCGCCGCAACACGUAUGGUGAGAGCGCAUGCUGGUAUGCCAGUCUCGUGGCUCGUCUUACCGUCCCCAUCGCCUAUAACUUCUUGACUUUCCUGCCCAAGGACUUCCGUCGCACCACCACAUUCUACGAGUUCCUAGGUCGUCUCAUCAACCUAACGCACCUCGGCAAGGGAUUUGACUAUAUUUUCCCCAUCUUCAUUCUCCUCCCCAUCUGCGCUACCCUGUUUAAUCUGUACGGCCGGGUGAAGAACAUCUGUGGCUUCGGACUCGCAGAGGACGACGACGUACACGACGUCGAGAACAACCCGGCCGGUUAUGGCAUGGGCGGCUGGCGCGAGGGCCGCGAUCUCAUCGAGCGCGAGCUCAACGGUUUCGGCUCCCUGGCCGUUUCCUCACGUGGCGGCCGCUCAACCUGGGCUUCGGACCGCAGCGACGAUGAAUCACUCGGCUCCUCACGUCUGCGCGUCGCCACUAGUGAAGGCUCUCGGUCCCCUCGGCCAACCCAACGCCCCGUCACCGCGCCUACCGUGGUCGAUGGCGAGGAAGAAGAGGAGGAGAAUUUCUUUCAAUCCUUCGCACACCGCGUGCGUAACACCUUCGAAACCACCAACAAGCCGCAAUGGCUUCAGGGUGAACCUUUCCGCUUGCCUCGCUGGAUGUCGGGUGACAAUCAUACCACCACCACCGAGGAAGGUGGUGUGACACGGCUGUUUGGCGGCCGGGCCGUCCCUGGCCGACUGCGUCUGGGUUAAGCAUGUGCUUGACCGGGCUUGUAUUGGGUCAUUGUAUUUUUCCUUCCUCCUUUCCCUUCCUUGGUUGCAUGAUGCGGUGUUGGGGCAUUCAUUGUGUUUUUCUUAAGCUGCUGGUCAGCGGUAAUAUAGACAUUGUCAUUAUGUACAUACAAGCUUUUCUUUGUCGUAUGUUUCGUCUAAUACAAAUACCUUGUAUACUGUA